AUGGAUAUGUUUUUCAUUUCAAUUCUACUAUUUUUAAAUUAUACAUUUUCAUCACCAAUAAAUGUAGAUAUAAGAUCUAUAAAUCCAAAACGUGAUUCAACAUCAUGGGAUCCAGAAUUAGCUUUUCAAAUUACUAUAAAUGCUACAUGGUCAUUAUUUUGGAAUAAUCAAUAUCAAGCAUUUAACGCGUACGAUCCUCAAUGUCAAUCUGGUUUUAAUUAUGAUUCUGUUUGGAAUGUUGCAGUUGCAGGUAAAGCAAUAGUUAAUUCAGGUGACACCACCAAAACUCAAUUAGUUAUAAAUAAUUUAUAUAAAUUUCAAAAUCAACAAACUGGUUGGUUUACAAGUACUCCUGGUGGAUCUCAAGCUUAUACUGAUGAUAAUUCACAAGUUUUAUGGGUAUUUUUAGAUGCUUAUAAAUUAACUUCAAAUCAACAGUAUUUAACAACUGCAAUAAAUUUGAUUCAUUUAAUUCAAACUCAAUGGUCUACUAUAGGUGGUAUUACAUGGGAAGUUGGAGCAAAUUAUAUUGCAUCUAUAUCUACAACAGAAGCAGCUUUAAGUGCAGUAAGAGUUUAUGAAUAUAAUAAUGAUAAAACUUUAUUAACUUUUGCAAAUAGUUGUCUUUCAUGGUUAGAUACUCAUUUAACUGAUACUGAUGGAUUUUAUUUUGAUGGAAUUGAUAGUAGAGAUUGGUCAAUAAAUAGAGGAAAAUUAACUUAUACAGUUGGAACAGCAAUUUCUACUUAUUCAUAUCUUACAAAAUUUACAGGUGAUGGAUUAUAUUUAAAUAAAGCAAUAAAAUUAGCAAAUUCUGUUUUUGAAUCAACAGUAUUUUUAAAUUCAAAUGGAGUUUGGAAUAAUAAUUUAAGUUAUUCUCAUUUAUUAUUUGUUGGAAUAGCAGAUUUGAUAACGUUAUUACAACAAACUCAAUACGUUAAUCAAUUAACUUCACAAGCUAAUUUUAUUUGGUUAUAUGAUCAAUUAACUCCAGGAAGUUUUGGAGAUUAUCAAAAUAUACAAGUAUUAUAUAAUCGUUAUCAAAGUAUAACAAAUGAUAAAGCCCUUGGUUUUAAUUCAAUUAUUGAUAAUUAUUGUAAUGGGAAUUUUCAACAACCAAAAAGAACUUUAUUAAAUGAUGGUUCUGCUGCUCAAAUUUUUUAUCAAAUUACAAGAAUUAAUUAA